GUAGAAAUAGAUUUGCUUUCACCAAUCUCUGGUAGCGCGAAUUCACUGGACUUUAACGUGCGCCGCGUUGCUGUGUCGCCAGGGGAAUGGGCCUUUCUCUUUGGUCGGGCAAUAAAAGAUAUAAGAGCAAAUGAAGAUCUACUUCAAAGAACUAUAGUGAACAUCGAGUCGAACGAAGAGUUUCUCAUCUUUGCUCGAGUGAGAGUCAUGUCUGGUACUGCGGGAUGUUUGUUUUCUAUUUCACAUAGACAAAAGAAGCUUCUUAUUCUUGACUUAUCCACUAAGGGGUCGGGUAACGCCACAAAACUUAUCCUUAGAUACAGAUCAACAAACGACACUGCGGAGAACGUCGUGUUUAAGAAUGUCGCCGCGCUGGGAGAUAAACAGUACCACAGUAUAAUCCUUCGAAUCACGGAUAUUUUCGACAAAGGAAAGAAGAUAUCAGCCGUCGCACUGUACGUAGACUGCCAGUUUUUUGGCAAAGCUGAAACAGUUUCUGCAGUCUCGUCGAUUUUCUCCUACAGAGGGACUUUGUUGUCUUUGAUGGAGUUCAGAAUAGCACAGAGAGUAAAGAAACAGAAAAUUCAUACUCAGUGGAAGGUAAAGUAAUUCACUCUUUUGGCGACAGUUUCAACACUGAUUUUCUUUACAUCGCCCCCCCUUCUCCCCUCAAUAUUAUUGUGGGGUGUUAAACAUUUCCUCAACAUUUCCUCAAGCCCGCUCCACAUUGUUGAGGGGGGGAGGUUCAGGUUCAACAUUUCCUCAGCAUUGGCGCAAGCCCUCUUAACAUUGUUGUUGGACGGGGGGGGAGAGUUCUGGUUCAACAUUUUCUCAUCUUUGGCUCAAGCCCUCUUAACAUUGUUUUGGGGUGUUCAACAUUUCUUUAACAUUGGCUUGAAGUUCAAUUUUCAACAAGUUUGGGUGUCACCUUAAUUUAUUUGUUGUUUGCUGUUGCCUUUUUAAUUUAGGGGACCAUACAGUACAUGAAAUUCAUCUUCAAACGACCUAUAGACUUUAUACUUGAUGGUCCAGAAUGUGGGCAAGCAAUAGCUGCAAUACGAGGUAGAUGUAUUUCCACUUCUCUUGCCAUAUUAAUGCCUAUCCUUUAUUUCCCAAGUACGCGCGUUCUACAUUCCCUGUGACCGCUAUGUAAACCCCUCAAAAUCGACCAGACUUAUCAAGGCUUUCGGUUGAAUUUAUUACGUUCUAGUCAACAAAUCCUUUUGUAUUUCUGAGAAAGAGAAUCUCCCGACAGUUAAGUGAAUAUUUCUAACGAUCUUAAGGCUGUUCACCAUCCUAAUCAGGAUUGGGUGUGGAGAGGCAAGUAGGGUCAAACCGCCAUCAGAUCGCAUGCCAUUAAAAUAAAUCAUCAAAACCAGCAUUAAAAUACUAAAAAACAGUGGAACCCGAUAAAUUAUAACGAAGUGCCAACUGCUCGAGAGAAUCGUUCGUUAUAACGAGGUUACGUUACCAUGAUAGGGGUUCUACUCCUGGGUAUUUGUUUUAUGGGGGCCAUAGUAAGAUAAAAUGCAGCGAGAUAGAGAGAGAGAAGCUGAGAACACAAGUCAAGGCUGACUUUGAAGCGUAUUUAAAAGAAAACCGCGGAAUUUCACAGUUUCCAGGGGACAUGUCUGGGUAAAAUGCCGAAAGUUAAAUUAAAGGCUGGUUUUUACUAGCGACGGAUUGGGUGUCGUAAUCAGAGUUCGAUGCUCUUUUGACUAGUAGUGAAAAUCAAAAAUCGGAGUUGUGAGCGGAAUCAUAAGCUCGUCGGAAUCGGAGUCGCAACAAUUUGAAUAUUUCCUUUUUCGUCAGUUCCGAGUCUCUUUCGGUCUCCUUCGCUUGUCAUCUAGUGAAAACUGAAUGGUUGGAGUCGGAAGCGGAAGUGGAUGAAUGAACCAAUCACAAUGCUCUUUCCCACUCGUUGUGAUUGGUUUUGUUCUUAAGUUUUCACUUACCCUGCCAGCAGAUCCUUUCUUUUGUCGUACUCGAGAGAGACUCUGCGUGAAUCGAGUAAGAUCUUUGUUGAGCGAUCACUGCACUUUGCUAGGAUACAGUUUGGACCCCAGGCCUAAUAGCUGUGCUCUUGGUACAGCAGGCUCAGUUAUGACCAUCGGUCAUAUUCAAUAGACGGAUGCUGUCCCUCGAAAAACCAUUUUGAGGGGAGAAAACAAGAUUGGCUUGUUCAGAAGUUUGGGCUGCGGCGACUUCAAAGGAUUGAAACAAAAGCGGGCUAUACUCGCUGGGUGGUUUUCACUAAAACAUAAAACUCUGUACUUUUGUCAACGAUUGCGUCUUCGAAUCCUUUGCUAGUGAAAACUAGCCUCGAGCUGUUAAGGUUUGAGUUUGAGGAUCAAAUUUGACACCACCUCUACUCUGGACUGCUCUUUUAUCUCUGCAUAUUCGCCAAGAAAUUUGGGAGUUUCCUCGAGUUCUUUCUUUUAUCUUGGGUCUGUUUUGUUUUCUUAGGGAAAACUCCCUAUCCACCUCGGAUAAGCGGUGCCAGCGUUAUAACGAACGAAGUAGCCUCUGAUUUGAUUGGUCUCAUAAAGGAUCUUCGAUAUGACUUGUCUAUGCAGGUAAUGAACUGGUUGGUCUCAUACGGGAUCUGCGAUUUGACUUGUCAAAACAGGUAAAGUGAUCAUUGCUGUUCACAUGCGUGGUGUGGUCAUUCGCAAAGUAACGUUUCACGUUUCACGUUGCAUCACGUUUCAUUUCCCAUAUAUGCACACUCAUGCGGAUACGUACGUUUAUGGAUGUAUUAUUUGGUGGUGCAUUUGUACAAUAAGCUUGAGAAGAUUGAACGUGUGAACGUGAAUCAAAACAGACCACUUUCAGAACAGUGAUGUAGCACUUUUACCCUAUCUGUUCAUUAUUUGUUGUAGUGACUUCAUUCACAAUUAAAAGGAACGAGAAAAAAAACUAUCGAACUAGUGUUUAACUGUUUUUUUUUUAUCAAAAAAAGAAGAUGAUUUUCAUAUAAUCAUAAUUAUAUCAAGAAGUAUUGUUGGUUUAUACAAUUUGCUUCGGUCUGUUUCAGGUGGCUGAAAUCAAGUAUCUUCGUGGUUUAGUGGAAAAUUGCCAGAUGUGUCGAGGUAAUAUGUAAGACUAGAAGGAACGGUCUAGAGUGUAUAACAGCCGCGUCGCAUCACAAAUGGGGGCACUAUAAAAUUUGAAUAAAUUUUUUGUGGCAAUGGACUGCAAAACAGGCGGUUUUUUCCUCAAAAUUGGUUUAGCGUAGCGUAAGAGUAGCGUCACACACCUCUCCUCUGUCUUGCUGUCCGUUUUCAGCCUCGCUCCAGACCUUUUGUUUGACUGUUUCCGGACCAUAGCGUCCGGAAACGUCCCAUAGUGCAAUUCGAUACAAUGUGGACCUGGUCUUUCGCUUAAUCUUAAAGUCGCCAACAGCAUGCUUGCCUUCAUUGGUGGUCGGGACGUCAUAGGCUCGAAUCCUGAACGGGACUCGAGAUUUUUUCUUGUUUCCACGCUCCUGACUGUACUAUAAAUCGUUGAUUCAUUCCAAGACUAGUAUGUAAACAGGAUUUUUUUUCGUCAGUGCAUUAUUACUGGCUCGAUUGCAUAAACAUUUCUUUGUUAGUCGUUCAUUUGAGAUCAGGCUUGGAUAGGUUGUGCUUGCAUAAUUUUUGGCAUAAUUCGUCAUUACGAGCAUAAUUUCAAGUAUUUCCGAAAAAGCACUGCUUGCAUAAUUUACACUUUCAGCUAGUUUUGCAGCACAAAAUUGUCAUUUAUUAAUCAUCCAACCAAUUUUUUUUGACCUGAGAUACGUCACGGUGUUACAGGCAACUUUAAGAAACAGAAUCAAUGGUUGUCUGCUUAUUGUCGCAUUCAUGGGACCUGGGUCCUAUAGGAAGUGACCUAGGACUUUUCCACAGGACUCAACGCAUGCGCAUAACUAAUUAGCUCUGUUACCCAAGAUGGCGUUCAUGUGCUGGUUUUUUGUUUGGAUUUUUGUUGUUUUCAGAGUAUGAAUUUUGCACUCUUAAAGUUUCUAGAUGUAAAUAGGGUAAAUGUGUUUGCUAUUCACUUGUGUUGUUUGUUGCAUAGUUAUUGAGGUAUUUUUACCAAAUUUGAAGUAAAAUUAGAAGCAUAAUUUCUGCAUAUUUUGCUAAAAUAAGCAUAAUUCACAAAAGCUGGCAUAAUUGUUGGCAUAAUUUUAGAAAUAUAUAAGCACUGCUAGUAGCAUAUGAUGCUACCUUUUGGGGCACAAUCUAUCAAACCCUUUUUAAGAUGUGUUCAUCAAACUUUUCGUUUCUUCACUCUUCUCUCUGCCUUUUGUUUUAUUUAGUUCAAGACUUCUGUCGUUUUAAGCCUUGUUUUCCUGGUGUGCCUUGCUUCAAUGAUCCGGCUACUGUAAAGGGAUUUGAGUGCGGAGAAUGCCCUCUUGGAAUGCUGGGUGAUGGUAUCAACUGUACUGACAUCAAUGAGGUAAGAAGUCUCUUGCAUUUUGUUUGCGGAAUAGGGUUGUGUUGAAAGGACUGUAUCAUGGUAGCCAAGGCCGUUUUGCGUAGUUCUUUUUUGGUUAUUACGUUCUCGCUAUACGGUUAUCUAAAACUAUUUAACAGUGACAAAAGUUUAGGUUAAUGACAAACAAGACAGAGAGAGAGAGAGAGAUGAACUUUGGGAAAUUGUGAGGUUGAACAGGUUUACAAAAGUCCCAACUGCCAUCCGUGUUUAUUGAAAGCCUCUGAGGUCAGGCAUCAUUUAUGUAAUAACCUCCUUACUGUCAAACUGAUAGUUUUAGGACAAGCUGAUCGUUUUUUUUGUUUGUUUGUUUUUCAUUUCCCUUUUGUCUAGUGUAAACUGGCCGACCCUUGCGCCAAAAAUGUUCUUUGCAAUAAUAGAAGUCCCGGAUAUUGGUGUCCACCAUGUCCUCGAGGAUAUUCUGGAAAGGAGGUUCAUGGGAUUGGACUGUAUUUUGCGAAGGACAAUAAACAGGUACUCUAGCUUCUUUUUCAUCCGUAUGUAACUGUCUCUUGUAUUCACCAAGGCCGGGUUGUUCAAGGCUGGGUUAAGAUAACCCAGGGUUACUUAGUGCGAAAUUUGAAUUCGGAUAUGAAAGCUUAAAAGGAAAUUCAGUUUAAUUCUUUUUGUCAACAAGUUGAUGAUUGGAUGCUCUUAAAAUUAACAGAGAAAAUUAUCCAAGAAAAUGCUUUUGAACAAAAAAAAAAACAAAAGAAUCCUGGGUUAAAUUAAACCCUGGGUUAAGCGCUAAUCGGCCUUCGAACAACUGGGUCCACGCUUAAAAUUCACCAUCACAUUUUAAUCACUGCGUAUCAGCACAUAUCGAUAUUCCAGUCGUAGCAGUAUGCAGGAUGAUUGUCACAUGAUCCUGGUUUAGUGGCCUUAGCUCUCACGAGUCUCCUGUAGCUCAGUGGUAGGGCAUGUGGAUUACUGACCAGUAGGUCAUUGGUUCGACUCCUGUUGGGAGAACUGGGAUUUUUUCUUCUGAGUCACCUGCGUAUUCGGACUGGAUAAACAUCUUGCUCAACGGUCAAAUAGUUCGCUUAUUUUGUAAGGCCCGUUCAAACCGAUGCACUGAUAUGAUCUAACAUUGUUGCGCUCUACAGUGUUGUCUGAAGUUAGACCCGCUAUAUGUUGGAUAUAUUUAAACAGGGCGUCACAUCCCAUACCGGUCAACUUCUUGUACAUGUAUCUUUGUUGUAUUAUCAGGUGCGAGGUGGAAGUGGUGGUGGGUGGGGGAGUUAUCCUGUUCAAACCAGAUAGUGUGUACCUGCAACUUUUGCAUUGUUCAGUUAUUAUACCCUCCCUGUAAGCGUAUAGGUAACAUUUCCUGUCGCAUAAUUCCUGAGACGGACAUCGAUGAUCAUCGUGUUCAUGUCACCGUAUUUUCUGACAGCUCUACUGUAAGGCUGGUUUUACAUCUCAAGAGAUUCGUCACAAAUGUAAAUUUGUAAAUUACGCUUCAAACCCUUCCGCCACAAGAAGGGGCUAAUUUGGUAUUCAUCGGUGCAGGGAUAACUUCACUGUGUUUUUUUCUCUCAUAGGUUUGCACGGAUAUUGAUGAAUGUGCAGAGGAACCACGCCCAUGCGCAAAAGAAUCAAAGUGUCUCAAUCUUCCGGUAAGCUUUUUCAACUUGGAGUAAAAUGUAGAGUAAUGUAGUCAUGUGUUGAUUGCUUUCUACAUCAUGUCUGCGCUUGUUAUCUUACAGGGAAGCUUCGAAUGUGGAGAUUGCCCUCCUGGCUUCACUGGCGAUCCACGACACUCGUGCUACUACCUAAGUUAUUGUGACGUAAGCGAUCCAAGGAGUAACCCUUGCAGUCAAUACGCCAGGUGCAUUCGACUGGACAGUGGGCGAAGUUUUAGGUGUGAGGUGAGGAUAUUCUUACAAAGCUUAUGAAGGGCUUUUCAAUGCUUCAUUCGCCAUUGCAGUGUGGUAGGGGUCACCACUAGUACCAGAGUGAAAUUCGCUAAGAGAAAAACAUGACAAGGCGGAUAAAGGUUGUGAAAAAAGAUGAAAAUGAAAAAAAAAAAAAACACGUUCCUAUUUUUUCUCGUAUUUAACUACGAAAAUGAGAAGUGGACUACGAGAUAUGGGUAAUGUCACGAGGUGAUCUGAAUAGUAAAUAAAUAUAUGAAUGACAAAGAUAAUAAUGAUGAUGAUGAUGAUGACGGCGACGAUGAUCAAGACGACGACUACGACUACGACGACGACGACGAUGAUGAUGAUGAUGGUGGUGGCGUUGGUGGUGGUGAUGGUGAUGGAGAUAACGAUGAUAAUGAUGAUGAUGACGAUGAUGAUGAUGAUGAUGAUGGUGAUGAAGAUUUGUCAAAGAAGCACUUGACAAAAAAAAUAUAGUAGUUUUAAACUAUUUUUAUCGACAGCUGUAAGUGAAAAAAGGAAUACAACCCUAGUGAAUUGUUAAACAUCAUUACUUGCUUAUACAAAUAAUUUUUUCGUGAAUUUAUUCUAGUGUCGUGAAGGUUACGCUGGAAAUGGCAUCUUUUGCGCUGACGACUUCGAUUUGGACGGCUUUCCAGAUGAGGAACUGAACUGUACUGAUAGCGUUUGUCGUAAGGUAUGAAUAACUCAGUAAAAUAAUGACAGAAGUCACGACAGGACGCUUAGGUCAAAGCUAGUGCCGGUAUUUUUACAUACAGGGAAAAACAUUAAAGGUCUAGUGUGUGCUUUUAAGGGUUGGUCAAAAUAAUGCGUUUCUCGUGUUAAAUGAAACAGAAACUGUUAGUAGAAACUGGGGCCUGUCUUUGUUUCUGUCUGUUACUUUAAAAAGCAUCGUUUUACCCGCCAUGCGCCAGAACCUAAUUUCGGUGUGAAAGUGAUGUUACUGAUAAACUUAGGAAUUAAGCAAGCGGACUGCUGCAGAAAGGGUUUAACCUUCCUUUGAUUAUCGCAACAAUUAUUAGGACAGGACCGGCCGGAGGAGGUAGGAGGGAAGAGCGACGUUCGAAGAUGGGCGCGCUCAUGAUCAUUGAAUCAAUUUCUCACAACUCGCAUCCUGCAGAUACAUUGCCAAGAAACUACUGAGGUACCCUUGAUCUCUCGGCAUUGAAGUCCAAAAUGUUCGCGCACGUCAUUUUGUUAAUUCCGAAAACAAAGACAACUAUAGAUCAAUAUUACUAUAUGGCUGAUUAUUGAAGCAUGCGCGGUUUGCUAUUUGCAAGACAGGGAAACAAACUGAUAACUCUGAUAUUACAGGAUAAUUGUCAACGUACAAAAAAUCCCGGUCAAGAAGAUCUUAAUGACGAUGGUAUUGGAGAUAUUUGCGAUGACGACGUGGAUGGGGACAAUAUUAGAAAUGAGCGGGUAAGUACCCGACGAUUCACUUGCGAGCAGACGUUUCUUUGAGGAAUGGCUUUAAGCAUUUACGAACCCGUUCGCGUCGCUUGUCAGUCGCUUAGCUGGUGUGUUUAUAAUAUACGUCUCUCGGGGCGUAAACAAACCAACUAAGCGACUAGCAAGUGACGCAAACAACUUCGUAAAUGCUAAGAGCUAUGCCAGAAAUAAAACCUCUCCUCACAGGGCAGCACAACACUGAAUUCUGAUAGUGUUGCCUGGUUAUGAUUGGGAAUGAAGAGUUGGUAGCAGCACAGUUAAGGUUAAACUUAUAUCGCGUACUGUAGAGAACUGAUUUGCUAAUUAUUAUGUUGCCUGCGUGCGUGCCGAGUAGGCGCUGGAAGGGGAAAGAAAGAAGGGAACUCGCGCGCUCCUCUGGCAUCCUUUGCAAUACCCUGCCACGCAGGUAGCCUAUUCCAGGCGUUCGUGGAGAGUGGCGCGAGUAGAUUCUCCCUGCUCAAUUUUCUUUGCCUUGUCCUCACUAUCUCAACGCUCACAACAGGCUUCCACGCACGCUAAUUUGCCCGUGGAGCUUGUGCAAGAGAAAAAAGUUUAUUUAUGUAUUUAUUUGUUUAUUUUUCCACAAACUGAACAAGAUCACGUACAGAUGAAGGUACUAGAGAGAAAAAGAGAAAAAGGUCAAAUGAUAAAAAUGAACUAGUUCCUUGCUCUGAUUUGUGGGGAAACAAAUUCUUAGUACUUAAUACAAGAAAGAGACUCAAUACAAAAAGUAAAUAUAACUAGUUAAAAGACAAACAGAUACACAUCAAAACAAUUUAAAUUUUAAGUCAAUUGGCAGGUGAAGCAACUAGGUCAGUCUAGGAUUUAAUAUUGUGAAAGGUAAUGAUUCAAGAGAAAAUUCCUGCACCAUUUUUUGGUAUGCCUAGAGCGGAUGGAAGGGGAGGGUCGUUAAAGAUAGCUGACUUAAAGUUUGACCCCUGCUUAUAUAAAGUGCAUAAUCUGCACAAUUAAAAAAGGUUACUGUAUAUUUUCAGAGACGGCACUCUAUUGAUUCUGUGCCUUGCUUAUCCCUGUUGUUGGUUUUUCUAGGAUAAUUGCCCGCGUAAUGCGAACCGUGCUCAGUAUAACAAUGAUGGCGACUUAUUAGGCGAUGAUUGUGAUAAUUGCCCGUAUGUCAGUAACUCGCUUCAAGCAGAUCUCGAUAAGGAUGGUGUUGGUGAUGCUUGUGACAGGGACAUUGAUGGAGACGGUAAGUUAGGGCGAUCGAUAAUAUCUUGCCUCUAGUCAUUGACUAAGCUACGGUCAAACGGCCUACAAAAACGUGCAACCUGUUUUCCAACAUCGCUGCAAAAAGAGUUACGCGUUUUAACACCCACUUUCAAAACUGUUUUGCAACAGAUCAUGUUUUUGCAAGUUGCGUGAAUACUAACCUCUGACUGGAUAGAAUUGGGUGGGAGUCACGCCAUAAUAAACACGGGAGUAACGUCACUUGUUGCAAAACAAGUUUGCCUUGGGCCGGUAAAACGGGCAAUAUGUAGAGACUUCGUUGCGAAAAGUAGAGCUACUCUCUACUUUUUGUAAAACCUUGUCGCAAUGUGCAACAACCUGAUUUGUUGCAAGGCCCGCAGGUUUGAUUCGUGGUUAGUAAAAAGCGCAACAUUGCUAUAAAACUCUUUUUGCAGGAAUGUUGCAAAACAAGAUGCGAGUUUCUGCCGCCCAUUUUACCGUAUCUUUUGUUAUAUGGUUUGUUUCACGCAUCUCAGCUACUUUGUCACAAAUCGCGACAAAGACCGCUUACUAGUAGGCUCAAUGUGACAAAACUUGUGCUGAAGUCAGUAAAAUUUACAACCGUGCAAUUUACAAUGUUUUGCGUUGAUCAUUUAAGUGUAAUCUUCCGCGGUUGCUUUUGGAUUCCUUUUCAACGGAUUCUCUAACGGUUUGGGUUCCAUUUGAAUACACUCCCUAUAACUUAAAGGCUCGUCCCAAAGGGUGGCUCUAUCUUCCUGGAAAUCUACAGCACUUGUUCCCUUUUUUAUCUACUUGCGUUUUCCCGUAUUUAUGUUCGCAACGACCUGACGCUUCUUUUUUUUCUACAGGUGUAUUGAACUCUAUUGAUAACUGCCGAAUGGUACAUAACUCACUGCAAGAGGAUGGCGACCGCGAUGGAGUGGGUGAUGCGUGCGAUAACUGCCCCACAGUACAGAAUAGAGGCCAGGUUUGUAGUAACCUUAAGGCCAAAUUCAGGAAAACGCUGUUUUAUUUUUAGCAAAACUGACUGAGGGCAAAUACAUUACAGUAGUUUUUUUUCAUCAUUUUAAGGCAUCAUUUCCAGACUCAGCAAAAUACCGUAUCUGAUUUGAAUCGCGCAUCUUAUAGUGCUUCAAAGUCACAAUUAUGCCACAUGUAUAGCCCGAGAAAACAGUCGACAUUUCGCGACUUCACCACUGGUUUCCCCACGAAAUGACGUCUGAGCAACGAUUGGAGAAAUUCCAUACUGAUGACGCGUCACAACCCAGAUCUUGGUAGCGUUUCUGAUUGGCUGAAGAAAAUUUCUCUCAGUUCAAGUAAGACCAAUCAUCAGAAGCACUACCAAGAUCUGGCUAGUGAGCGUCAUCAGUAUGGAUUUUCUGCAGUCGUCGCUCAGACGUUAUUUCACGGGGAAACCAGUGGUGGCGUCGCGAAAUGUCGGCUGGUAACUUAGGCUACCACAUUUAUUAAUUAACUUAGAGGGAAAGAGAUACAGGCGUGUUUUAGGACAGAGGAGGACUUGGGAGAGUAGAACGUGUGAUCACUAUGGGCGAUAACAGGGACGAGAAGACAAUAAACAAACAUUAACAGAAACAAUGGAGCCUGGCCUUGAUACAAUAGAGCUGCGUGCCAGGAAGUGAAUGAAAUUAGAGGGUUCGAAGAUCUUCUUGACAGCGGGAUAUUAGAGCUGCAACUAACAGGGUUUUUUUUAAAAAGUGAUUUAGAGUUAGGAGACGAUUUAGUAUUUUAAAUCCGGCACUAUGGCGACAGCCUUAUUUUAACUGAAUAUUUUUUUAUUUUUGUUAUUUUAUUUGUAGUACGAUAGAGAUGCCGAUGGACUGGGUGACAACUGUGACACCGACCGUGAUAAUGAUAAUGAUGGUGUAGAUGACAUGGUCGAUAACUGCAGAGGAAAGUCAAACCCGGAUCAAAUAGACAAUGAUGGAGAUGAAAGAGGUCAGUCAUGGUGGUCUUUCUAGAGGGGGUCGAACGUCGAACCCAAGAAUAUGUUUCAAUCACUAGCACUGCCUUCUACACGGGCUCAGUCCCAAGGCUAAGUGAGGAAUGGGGAACACCCAAGCACGCGACACAAGCGAGAAGCGCGAGAGAGGAGUCUUGGGAACGAAAAGAAGAGAGAGAGGCUUUUUCUCCCCUUCCCAUCUCUCCCUUCGUUGCCGCUUCCCUUGAUAAUUAACGCAAAUAUCCCUUAGUGCUCGCGAGCGACUGGGGACGAGGCAGCCAGUAGCAUGCCUAGAUUGAUCAUUGUAUCGGCAAAAAUUUACUUUUGGAUCAAUUUUUAGUGCCAGAGUAAAUCACUCACAUAAAAAGCAUGUGCUAUCUUAUUUGUCCUCGGAUGAAAGCUCAAGACUGUAACCAUGGUAACGAAAUUUUCAGACUGCAGCUUUUGUCCAGACGUUAAUGAUUUCCCCGCUCGCUUUUAAUACUGGCUUGAUUUUAUUAAAUUUCUCCAGUAUAGCACUGAACCCAAAACUAAAGCAUUCUGGUUCACUAUCUUAUUAUUACCUUGCCUUUAUUGUAGGUGAUGCUUGUGAUGACGAUGAUGAUGAUGAUGGCGUGCCAGAUAGGUCCGACAACUGCCAACUAGUGCCCAAUCCAACACAACGAGACUUAAACGGUUCGUACCAUUUCCUCAAUAACUAGCUACUUACUUGUUCGUUAACUUCUUGCUAUAUAGCCGGCUUUGCUACCAUGGCAACGGAACGUAACGACUUCUCCUUUCUGUUGGGAGAGCGCCAGUCUGCUGUGCGGGAGGUCGCGGGUUCAAACCCCGGCCGGACCAACACUCAGGGUCUUUAAAUAGCUGAGAAGAAAGUGCUGCCUCUCUAAUGACAUCUGCUAACGGUUAGACUUUCGAGUCUUCUCGGAUAAGGACGAAAAACCGUAGGUCCCGUCCCACAGCACUUUCUCUUAUCUGGUUCUUGUUGGACGUAAAAGAACCCAUCCAACUGUUCGAAAAGAGUAGGGUACUUAGACACCGGUGGUGUGGCCCGGCCAACCGGCUUUCAUGGGCUGAAUGGGUUAUUUGUAAGGAGAGAUUUUAAUAUAGGGAUAACCUCAUGAUGCUGCUUUAGCCAUUUAAGCCCCAAUAUCCACAAGCAAAUUCUCCAAACUGAUCUCCAUACAUUUCUUUAAAGAAUAAGUUGAGAGAAUAUGAUAAAAGAUCAAAGCAUUUUCUCGGUGGUGAUCAUUUAAUUAAUUCUCAUAACCUAAUCUCUUGACAUUGUAUGGAUACCGUUAGGAGAAAAUUGAUGUUGGUCACUAUUGGGACUUCAACGGUUAGGUGUCGUAAUGGUUACCCGUAAACAGUAUAUAUGUACGUUAACGAAAUGAUUUUUUGGUCCUUUCUCACACGAUAUUAAUUGCAAUGGAUGUUUUCCUCCCUGGCAGGUAAUGGUUUAGGGGAUCCUUGUGAUGGGGAUUUUGAUGCCGACAAAAUCCCGGAUGAAGAAGAUGCUUGUUCAGUUAACCAUCAUGUGACGCAUACUGAUUUCACGUGGUUGCAAAAGAUCAGUCUAAUUGUGCCCGAAGACACGAGCAGUUACCAGCCAGCUGUCUGGCAGGUAGACUUAGAGGUAAGACCAACUAUUCCAAGACGCCUGCCCUCCACGUUAAGCUUGACCGAGUCCACAAUUUUGUUAAUCAUUAAGACAUGAAUACCAGCUAUUUAAAGUGUUAGUUUACGUUUAUUAAUGAGCCGACCAGAAACUUGAAAGUUGGUUAAGCUUCAGUCCGCACCCGCUUAUGAUAGUGUCCGCACAUGGGAGACUAAAAACGUUGAUUAUGGGUGGUAGGCUUUCGAGACACCAUCUAUAUAAUGAGCGUGGUGGACAAAACUUUUGACGUGAAAAAUCUGAGGUGUGACUGAAAUAGUUUGUGUUCAUUAACAUAGGUUGUUAGCCUCCCGUGCAGACGUUCUUUUGGAGGACGCCAACUACUCUGAGACGUUUAAAUCGUAUACGUUUAUCUCUUUGUAUUAGAAGGGGGCAAUGUAAAAUAAGAAACCAUCUUUUUGACAUGUGGUGGGGAGUGGGGUGUAUUCUGUUCGUGGAGUAAUGGUUCCUGGCUGAUCUGUACAGCAAUUUGACCGUUUUUCUUUGAGGUGAAAUUGCUGGGCCGGCAGUUUGGUAUCUAUCUAUGGGAGGAUUGUGCCGGUUUGCGGUUAUACUGUAGCCAGGUUAAAGGUAAUUUUUUUCUUUUUUUGCAGGGGAAGAAAGUAGAACAAACCGAAAAUAGCGAUCCAGCAAUAGCCGUGGGUAAGUCGUUUUUUAGUAUUUUUUUUUUCUCAGCCCAAAAAAUUGAAAGAAUUGUCGUCAAUAUCGUUUCACUUACCUAUGUUUUCUAACUUAUUUUAAUACAGGACCCGUCCGCUUUAGUGGUGUUGACUUCUCUGGCACAGUACAGGUUCAAACGUCACAUGAUGACGAUUUCAUAGGACUGGUUUUCAGUUACCAAAGUAACAGAAAAUUCUACCUCGUCUCAUGGAAACAGCAGAAUCAGGUUUACUGGGAAAUGAAUCCAUUCAGAGCUAAAGCCGUGCGAGGGAUUCAAAUCAAGGUAAUGCUUUUUGGAUGGGAUCGGAUCUUCGGAUUUAUUAAUUUAUUGAUUUACCUUUUUUAUGUAUUAUUUUUUCUCUCACAGUUGGUUAAUUCUGAUACCGGCCCUGGACCUGCUCUUAGAAAUGCACUAUGGAAUUCUGGGAACGCCCAAGGACAAGUAAGUAGUACAUGAAGAGAAUAAAUACAAAGAGUUAGCAAAAUAUAAAACUAUUUUGGGUCGUUUGUUAAUCACGUAACUCUGCUCUAGGGAGUCAUCUCUUUUCAAAGUUGGUCAAAUUCACUCUUGCAUGCCCUCCCUGUUACUUGCAACGUUACGCAUGGUGUGACUGCGAGGGACUUGAUCCACUCGUCCUUAGUCCCUGUGCGGCGUCUUUCCAGGCCCUCUCGGUCAGUGCAUUUCGGCGACCUAGCCGACGCUUGGACCAUGUGACGCGUUCGCCCAAUCGGUCAAACAGUUGAGAAUGUAAUAGAUUUCUCAAGAAAGAAACAAAAUACAUGUACACCUGGAUAGUCUACGUGCAAGUUCAGAAUUGUUACCACUUUUCCUCUUUCCAAAGUAGGAGUUCGCUGUUAGAAAUGUAACAAUAACUUUGUUAACAUGGUAUCUUUUGAAUUGCUGCAGGUAAAAGAGAUUUGGAGAGAUCAAAAUUUGAUUGGAUGGAAGGACAAAACAGAUUAUGAGUGGUCGCUAAUGCACAGACCGAGUAUUGGAUUAAUUAGGUAAGACAAAAAUACUUCCUCGAUUAAGGGUUCACUCUUCCAUAAGCGCCCUCCCUCACAUACGCACUACCCAUUUGCUCUAUGAAGUAAAGAAGUUUCCCCCUUUCCCUAAAUUUCUCUUAUAGUAGUAGGAAAUCGGGAAAUCCUAUGUCAUGUCUUACUUUAUUUAAUUGUGUCAAUACAGAAGAGCUUUUUUCCUCUGUUAGGCCAGAUUAGUUCGAGAUGUUCUAUAACAUUUUCUUUUCUUUUACACGAUGUGCAUUAUUCGUGGUCAGCCAAGUGAGGUUUUAAAUCGUUUUUUGGCCCUCCUUUAAAGAAAUGCCCCUCCUUUUCGUCGAAAUUUAAAUAGUCACCCGGGCUAUUCGAAGAAAAAAGAAAAGGAAAUUUUUAAUUACGGGAAUAACUUCUCGAACAUCUUUGCCCUUGUAACAUGUCAUCUUAUUUAAAUGCCAGCUAUUCACUGCUGCAUUAUCAAUCUAUUUGUGUGCUUUAUGUUCUCUGCUCCGUUUUCAGGCUGAAAGUAUUUUCUGAGGGAGAGUUAGUGGUAGAUACAGGAUACCUAAUUGACAAGACCCUUAAAGGCGGAAAGGUUGGGAUGUACGUGUUUUCACAAGCAAAAGUGGUCUGGUCAAACAUGUCGUACAAAUGUAACGGUAGGUAACAACUUUUUUCGCUACGACCAUAUCCAUCACAAGCAUCACGAUCAUCCAUUAAUAUUUCAUCAUUUAUAUUUCAUCCACUGUCAUCUUUAUUUUCAUCCCACUAUCAUCAAAAACCACCACCAACACUAUCACCAUAGCUAUCAUCACCACUAUCAUCAUUCCCAUUGUCCGUUUUUAUGCUACCCUGCGCCACCGACGGAAAUACACUUCUGUUUAAGUCCGUCUGCGAAACAGCACCGAAAUCCUUGUUCUGGGCCCAACCUUUACACCAGGAUUUGAGUACGCGCCGUGAUUGACCUCUUAAAAAGCCUUUGCCAAUCAGUUUGAAGGGAAAUUCGAGACGCACUUCUGGUAAUUCGUUGAGUCCGUUGGGGGCUCCGGCUGAGAUCAAGGAUAUCGGCGCCACUUCGCAGACGUUACUAACAGGGGUUAGAUGACGUCUGCGACGCAGGCUAUUUUGCGACAGAAGACAGUCGCGUUUAACGUCUCAGACAAAUGCGUCUAGCAUUAAAACGAAACGCCUUAAACUAAAGCGCAUUUAGCUGGAAAACGGCUAUUGUCAUCAUCAUCAGCAGCAGCAUUAUCAUCACCAUUAUCACCAUCAUCAUCAUCAUCAUUAUCACUAUCAACACCAUCAUCGACAUCAUUACCAUUAUCGUCGUCGUCUUCGCCACCACCACCACCAUUAUUAUUUUGAUCGUCAAAAUCAUUGGUGUCAUCACUAAGUACCACCAUCAACAAUACCCGCGCUUCUGUCCACACUGAGGCUUCCUGUGACUGAUUUUCAUUUUUUCUUCUUUCCUCUUAACAGAACAAGUUCCUGACGACUACGAAGCUCUUUAA